AUGUGUGAAAAAGAUAUUGCUGGACCCUUCAUAAAUCAUAAUCCAACCUUUACAGGAAACCCCUUAAUGGGCAAUACUGGAAGUAUUCACGGCGGAUCUUUUUUUAAUGUGUCAAAAAGAGACAAAGAGGAAGAUCAAAAGGAGAAAACAAAACGUACAAAAAUUGAACAUUAUGUCUCAGAUGAAACUCAAGAUGAACAACAACCAUUUGAGAAUGUCAACAACGAUAAUAAAUUAACUUUAGUGCCAUCGGAUGAUGAACAGUAUCACCAGUCUGAUGGAUACACUACACCAUCACGUAACACAAUGGCAAAAGAUUUGAUAGCUGAACUUCCUAGUGUCGCUGAACGUCAAAACAAAAUACAUAUUGAUAUUGAUAUUGAUAAUAAUCCUUUCCUGGAGGAAAGGUAUCAUCCUGUCAAUUGA